AAGAUCGGUGCCCUGCGGGCUCUGCUGCCGCCCUCCAGGUGCCGUGGUGGGGUGGGAGCACAGAGGCUGCCGCGGCGUGCCUGGCUCCCAUGGUGACACCGGCAGCGGCACUUCCUGCUGCACCCGGAGGAGGCGGGCCCGGCGGCCCGGGUGGUAGCUGCUAAUGUUGCCGAAUAACACUUUGAAAUUCCUACCCAUGAAAAUUUCCCAUUGUCUGAUCUCAAAAUUUCUUGCCAGCAGAUUUUAAAAACUAAAGGAAGAUGUCCUUUUUCCCUAAAAUCGUUUUCCAGUAUGAAGUUGAAGAGUAUCUCAUGAAAGUGUUCAGAAAUAAUGAGCUUAUCACUGCUUUAGGUACACAGGAGGCAGAGAAAAAAUACCAAUCUCUCUUAAGUCAUCUAUCUCAUCCACCAGCUUUUACAACUGUGAGAGUAAAUACCCACUUGGCCUCAGUGAAACAUGUGAAAAAAUUGCUGUUUGAAGAGAUCCAGAAGCAAUUUAAAGGACUAUGUGUUCCAGUUCUCGAGCACCCAAAACUUCAGGACGUUUUACUAAUUCCUGUCAUUGGACCCAGGCGAGAUUUAAAAAAACAUCCAUGUGAAGUCAUAGUUGGAGCCCAGUGUGGAUAUGCAGUACUCCGAGGAGCACACGUUUAUGUCCCUGGAAUUGUGUCCACCUCAAGAUUUGUGAAAGCUGGAGAUCUGGUUUCAGUGUAUUCAGAUAUUGAAGGGAAAUGCAAAAGAGGAGCCAAAGAAUUCAAUGGAGUUAAAGUUUUCCUUGGAAAUGGAAUUUCAGAACUCAGCCGCAGUGAAAUCUUCAGUUCAAGUGGCCAACUGAAGGGGCUGGGCAUAAGAAUGAUAGAGCCAGUCUACCUUAGUCCUUCAUUUGACAAUGUGCUCCCUAGUCAUUUGUUUUUACAGAAUUUACCUUCUGUGGUUGUGAGCCAUAUUUUAAACCCUCAACCAGGAGAGAAAAUUUUGGAUAUGUGUGCUGCACCUGGAGGAAAAACAACCCAUCUUGCAGCACUAAUGCAUGAUCAGGGUGAAGUUAUAGCCAUGGACAAGAUAGCUAACAAGAUCAAGAAAAUCAAGCAGAAUGCUGAAUUGCUACAGUUGAAUUGCAUUAAAGUCUUUUGCUAUGAUGGAACAAAGGCCCUUUCAGAAGAGAAGAGAGAGGAUAAACAAGAUGGACCUCCAUUCUUACCAGAGUCAUUUGAUCGAAUUCUUCUUGAUGCUCCAUGUAGUGGGAUGGGACAGAGACCAAACAUGGUUUAUUCCUCAACUUUAAAGGAAGUGACCUCCUAUCAGCCACUACAGCGCAAGCUUUUCACUGUGGCAGUGAAAUUGCUGAAGCCAGGAGGUGUUUUAGUAUAUAGUACAUGUACAAUUACACUUUCUGAAAAUGAGGAGCAAGUUGCUUGGGCCUUGAAAACUUUUCCAUGUCUCCAGCUUCAUCCACAGGAACCUCACAUUGGAGGAGAAGGCAUGAAGGGAGCUGGACUAUCACUUGAUCAGUUGAAGCUGCUCCAGAGAUUUGAUCCAUCUGCUGUGACAUUGCAAGGAAUGGAUAUCAAUUCUUUGCAAGAUUCUAGAGAAGAUGACCUGAUUUCUUUGGCAAAUAAAGACUGUAUAGGAUUUUUCAUUGCAAAAUUUAUUAAAUCGAACAGUAAAUAAGGAUUUGGGAAUGCAACCUGAAAAAAUACCUCAGCGAGUCUAAGAACAGUUCAGACGUGAAGUGCCUUUCUUCCUGCUGCAAUGUUACCAAGCCAACGGGCUGACGGCAGGGUUGCUAUGGCAGCACUAAAAUCUGCCAGCUGUUCUGAUGGGAAAGAGCCACAGGUUGCAGCAGAAAAGUCAUGGCUGGGGGAAGGGCAGUAUCAUUUGUAAGUCUCCCUCUGCUUUUGUAUUUACAGCAGGUCAGUGCCUGAGUGACAGCUAUGUUCACUGAUACUGCUGCCUGCUCUGGUGCAUACCCUCAUCUGGUGCAGCAAGCGUAGGAGGGGGAUGUAAGUUACUUUACAAAAUGCAAACAUAAAAAAAUAUAUGGGAACUAUUACAAUGACUUUUGGAAAGGGUAGUUUCUAUGGAGGUUUACCAGUAGUUAGUUUCCUUAAAUAGUGCUUCUCAAAACACUGCAACAUUUUACAAAGAACUGUUUUAUAAAUUGAUACUUAGAACCUCAUUUCUCUUUUAUUUUAAUACAAGCAAGAUUCUCUGUACACAUAGUAUAUACACAAAAUACGAUUAGGCUUUGUAGCAUGUCUUUUAUAGCAGCAUGAAUAUAUUAAACCAUCUCACUCUGGGAAUGUAAAUAAAUAUUGUUUCAACAUCAAACUUCCCAUGCAUAAACUGUAUUGGUUCUGAAAUAGCCUAUUGGACUGGCUGACAAGUGACAGUUUUAAAAUCAAACAUUUGUAACAGAAGGGGCUACAGUUAUGAUUAAUAUAUCAAAAGACAGAAAACAAUGCGUAAUACCAUCUGAAAUGUUGCAAAUCACCUUUCGAACAACUAAGGAUAUUAACUCUUUAUUGGUCAGAAAGCAUCACCAGCUAAAAUCAUGAAAAUUGAAACUGGGGAAGCAUGCUAAUGAAAACUGCCUUACUACAUUGCUCAAAGUUUAAAUAAUCUGAAUUUCUUAAAAGAUGUUAGAUGUAUUUGAAAAUUCUGCUUCAGUUCCAGUUUGAACAGUAUUCUCAGUCCUGCUGGAACUGACAAUAACACUAGAGAAGGAAAGCUAAGGACAAGGAAAAACAGAAACUGACAUCUGUGUGUGUUUGGUGUUUUCCUCUCACUCGAUCAAUUUCCAGUUUUAAAAAGCAUUAUCUGAUAAAGUCUGUCUUUUCACACAUAAUUAUUUGGUUGGAUUAAAAAGAGCAAUAGUUCUUUUAUCAUUUGUCUUUCUACUGUAAGAAGUGUGUUUUGUAUUUGCUCACAGUCAAAACCAUCUAUAAAUCCGCCUUCUCGGUAGUCUGGUUGUUUACUUAUAUUUUCCAUAAAUGUUUUGAUACACUAUGUUUUCUACUGCUCUUGAAUAAAAACAAAAUGUUUCUUCUGA